CUAAAUCCUCUGAAACAUUUGAAGCAUUGAAGUUUCAAUUCCUCGCAAUUGAUGAAACCAGCAUUACCGGGGCUGCUGUUCAAGAUAUGAGCAUAGAAAGUGCGAAAGAUGUUUCGGUGAUCUCUGAACAUACAGAAAUAGCGUCGCAAAAGGCAACUGUCCAAACAGUAGAGGCAAAUGUGUCGGCAACAGAAGCUCAUAUAUCUGCAGAGACUUUGCAACAAACCAACAUAACUGAAACCAGCAUUACCGGGGCUACUGUUCAAGAUAUGAGCAUAGAAAGUGCGAAAGAUGUUUCGGUGAUCUCUGAACAUACAGAAAUAGCCUCGCAAAAGGCAACUGUCCAAACAGUAGAGGCAAAUGUGUCGGCAACCGAAGCUCAUAUCUCUGCAGAGACUUUGCAACAAACCAACAUAACUGAAACCAGCAUUACCGGGGCUGCUGUUCAAGAUAUGAGCAUAGAAAGUGCGAAAGAUGUUUCGGUGAUCUCUGAACAUACAGAAAUAGCGUCACAAAAGGCAACUGUCCAAACAGUAGAGGCAAAUGUGUCGGCAACCGAAGCUCACAUCUCGGCAGAGACUUUGCAACAAACCAACAUAACUGAAACCAGCAUUACCGGGGCUGCUGUUCAAGAUAUGAGCAUAGAAAGUGCAAAAGAUGUUUCGGUGAUCUCUGAACAUACAGAAAUAACCUCGCAAACGGCAACUGUUCAAACAGUAGAGGCAAAUGUGUCGGCAACAGAAGCUCAUAUCUCUGCAAAGACUUUGCAUCAAACCAACAUAACUGAAACCAGCAUUACCGGAGCUGCUGUUCAAGAUAUGAAGCAUAGGAAAAGAUGCGAAAGAUGUUUCGGUAAUCUCUGA